AAGUUCAAGGACAUAAACACAUCUCACCAAACCAUUCGCCUUAUUUCCAGAAUCAACACAAUAUAUGGUCACAAGAUUGCCACGACAUUAAACAAAAACGAGCUCAUCGCCAACCACUUCACCCACAACAGCCACCACGAUGCAGAACUUUGCCAUCGAGGUGCCGGGUGAAGCUAAUCCUUUAACCGAGGAUACUUUGCUCCAUGUCCUGAGUGCAGCGGCAUCAACAGAUCCUCAGCAAGUCCAAUCAGGUGCCAAACAACUGGCAAGAUGGGAGAAAGCUGCUGGUUUCUACAAACACUUGCAAAGUGUGUUUAUCAACAAGUCAUUGUUGGUUGAAACUGCCGCGAAUGCCGUCUCACCAGAAGACAGAGCAGUGAUCAGAUCUCGUCUCCUGGAAAGUGGUCUGGAAGAGUACGAUCACCGUCUGGCUCUACAGAACGCACUUGUCAUUGCUAAAAUUUCUCGUUUCGAAUAUCCAAACGAUUGGCCAGAUGUUAUCAGUACACUGAUAAAUCUACUACGGAGAUCGACACAGCACGACGCUAAUCCCAUUCACCUCCCUCGCACACUGCUAAUUCUUCUUCACAUCACGAAAGAGCUCUCCACCGCUCGCCUGCAGAAGUCUAGAGUCGCCCUUCAGGCCGCCACACCGGAGAUUGUUCAGGUUCUCGGACAAAUUUACCUCGAGAAGGUCCAAUCUUGGCAAGAGGCUCUUAGCAGCAAUGCCGGCGAUCAAGCUACAAUGCAACAGAACAUGGAAGCCAGUCUUCUGGCCAUCAAAACUCUGCGAAGACUGUUUGUCGUUGGCUACGAGUUCCCUAACAGAGAGUCAGAUGUGCACCAGUUCUGGCAGCUCACCUAUGCUCAGGUCGGUGCUUUCAUGAACCUCAUCUCCUCACAGGCAGCCACCCUUCCCGAAGAACUUGGCGUACCGCUGGAGAAGCAUUUGCUGCAACUAUCGAAACUACACUUGGAAAUGGCCAAAGCACAUCCUGCAGCUUUCGUGCUUCUGCCAAACUCUCUUGACCUUGUUCGUUCUUACUGGGCUCUGAUCAAGCAGUUUGGACAAACCUUUGGUUCUAGUUUGACCUCCGGUGGGUCUACUGGUGACCAGGGCGAGCAAAAGCCGUUUCAAGAGAAGGUCUCGCUAUCUGGUCUCAAGCUUAUACGUGCUUGCAUCAAGAUGGUGUUCAACCCUGUCCAGUCAUUCAAGUACAAGCACCCACAAGACAAGAUCGAGAAGGCAGAGGCUAUUGCGGCUGUCAAAGAGCAGUUGCUGACCGAGGUGUUCGUCACCGAAGUCAUGGAAGUCGUCGUUACUAAAUUCUUCGUCUUUAGACAGGGUGAGCUUCAAGAGUGGGAAGAAGAUCCGGAGGAAUGGGAACAGAGUCUGGAGGGUGAGAGCGAGGGCUGGGAAUACAGUGUUCGACCUUGCGCAGAGAAGCUGUUCUUGGACCUUGCUCUCAACUUCAGAGAUUUGUUGACCCAACCGCUGCUCAACGUGUUCUACACUGUCGCGGCCCCUGACAAUGAAGACGUCUUGUUCAAGGAUUCGGUGUACACAGCCAUCGGAUUGGCUGCCGCAGUCCUGCAACAACAUCUCGACUUCGACUCCUUCCUGUCCAACACAAUCGUGGUUGAAGUCCAAAAGCAAAAGCCUGGCUUCAACAUCCUCCGUCGCCGCAUCGCCAUCCUCCUCGGACAGUGGAUAACAGUCAAGGUAUCAGCAGAAAACAGACCUCUUGUGUACAAGAUCUUCCAACACAUGCUUGACCCAAGCGACUCCUGCAACGAUCAGGUUGUAAGAAUCACUGCCGGACGACAAUUCAAGAAUAUAGUAGAUGAUUGGGAGUUCAGUCCGAAGCAGUUCCUGCCAUAUGUUCAGACUACGAUGACACAGUUGUUGGGCUUGAUUGAGGAGGUUGACAACGUAGAGACGAAGAUGGCGUUACUCAAUACGAUCAGUGUCCUGGUCGAGCGACUUGAACAUCAUAUUGCACCGUAUGCUGAGACGAUCAUCAACAUCCUGCCCAACCUAUGGGAACAGUCCGGGGACGAGCACCUCAUGAAACAAGCCAUUCUGACCAUUCUCUCCCGCCUCGUUACCUCGAUGAAGGCAGCAUCGGUACCUUUCCAUCACCUCGUCCUACCUAUCAUCAAGGGCGCAGUCGAGCCUGGUUCGGAUACUCAGGUCUACUUGCUCGAUGACGCUUUGGACCUCUGGGCUAACAUCCUGAUCCAAACGCCCGCUCCAGCCUCGCCUGAGUUGCUACAACUAGCACCAUACCUCUUCUCAAUCUUUGAGCUUGGCUCGGAGAACCUCCGCACAGCUCUCGACAUCACUUCAUCAUACUUCCUGCUCGCGCCUUCGGAAAUGCUUUCAGAUGAGAUGCGAAAGCCUUUGAUCUCAUCUUUGUCCACGCUUGUUGGUUACGUGAAGGCUGAUGCCAGUGGUACAGUGAACAAUCUUGUUGAGCUUAUCAUCAGGGCAGCCGAGGGUAUAGGAGGUGAAUCGGCUAUCAGCACAAUUGCUAGCGAUCUUGUCGAGUCAAAAUUCCUGAACAAGCAGCUCGAAGGUCUUCGUGGUAGCUGGGUCGCACAUUGCACAACUGGACCGCUGGCCAAGGAUCCACUCGUAGACGGCAUCGUCGAAACAGACUACUUAUCCGUACUCGCCCGUGUUCUCAUGGGCUCCGAGACAGUAUUCCUACAAGCCGUACAGGCUGCUGCACCAUCCAUCCCGCUCAGUGAUACAGCUACUCAGCCAUCUCUGGAUGACACGAUGAAGUGGCUCCUCGAAGAAUGGUUCAGUCAUUUUGAGUCCAUCGGGGACCCCUCUCGUCGCAAACUCAUGUGUCUCGCCAUCACAAAACUUCUAUCCACCUCACAACCUUUCAUCCUCGGCUCUCUUCAAUCUCUGAUGACCAUGUGGACCGAUAUGGUAAACGAGAUUCGGGAGGAAGACGGCCCAAUCGACUCUGACACUUUGGUCUACGAGAGCAUGGAUCAGCUUCGCAACACAGACUCUGAUGUCCCUGAAGCCCCUGAAGAUGAAAGACGUCGUGCUUUGACGUUUGCUGACCCCGUGCAUAACGUGCGUACUACUCAAUGGAUUAAGCAUUAUCUGCAGACGGCGAUUCAAGCUGCAGGUGGUCAGGAAGCUUUCCAGAAUGAGUGGUUGAUCAACGUUGACAAGGAUGUCAUCGCCGCAUUCGGCGCAUUGGGCAUCAUGUAGAGGAGAAGCAUUCGAACCGGACAGGUAGAGAAGAGAAAGCAAGCAUCGGAGGAGGAAAAAUCUGCAUUACAAGGAUGAGUGACAUAUUGGCGCCAAACAAAAAGGUCUGCUCUUAUCACUUCGUCUACUGUAAUCAA